AUGGAUUCGCCGGUCGUAGAAAGAAUACCUCAGGUUUCUGACUCAAAGCGUCAGAAGUUGGAGGGAGAUGAGAUAUUCGAAGAUGACAACUCGUCGUCGUCAAGCGAAGAUUACGACGAGAAUGAUGUUCGAAUGUGGGAUGCUGAAUACGAAAGAAGUGGGGACUACGAUUUUGACUUCACGAGAAUAGGACGAUAUAAGGAUUUCAAUCCUGUUAACUUCAAUGAUUCUACCUUCGCUGAAGAACCAGAAACCGACGAAGACUUUGUCGGGCACAUGUGCAAGGCCGCUCUUAAGAAAUACAAUCAUGAUAAGGGAACAAAUCUUGAAUUUGCGAGAGCUCUGAGGGCUAAUUUCCAUCCUUCGGCGGGAUUUACCUUUUGCAUCUCAUUCGAGGCUAAGGAUGCUUCUGAGGUGAAACCUUUUCACGCUCGAGUUCGCUACCUUUCAGAGGAAUUCUUUGUCUGCGAUAUUUAUCCAGCUAAACCAUAA